UUUUCUUGUUUUUUCAACUUAAGUUCACAAUACGUGAACUUUCAUUUAUAUAGCCAAAAUAAUUGAAUACAAUAAUAUACAUUAUUGUACUUUAUACAAAUUAUUGUACUUAGUAAAGUCUUCGUUGACUUUAAUUACCACAAGUGAAAUUCAAUUCAAUCAUGUUUCUCAACACCAUAGUCAUUGUGUAAUCCCCAAAACAAAUAAAUUAAAAAAUUUAAUAUAUUUAUUAAAAAUAAUAACAAAAACCCAUAACUCACAAAUACUGUAUCGAUCUUUUCAACUUCUAAUUAUCUCUCCUCAAACCCAAAUCCUCUACAACCUCUCCUCCCAAAAUUCCUUCAUACUAUCUCCGUCAUAAAAGAUCGGCAAUCAGAACUACUUUCAACCUGACAUUGCUUUCCCGCUCGAUUACAGGUAAAGAUGGCACCCAAUAAGAAGCUAACUUUUGAAGUCACGGUUAAGAAGUCCAUGUUUAUUACCUUGCCAAUUCCAAAAAGAAUCAAUCAGCUAGUUGAUACUCUUUUUAUCAAAGCUCGCCGAGCAGACGAUAGUCAGUGGUACAACCUCUCGCGGGUUUAUAUAAUGUUUGGAGAUAAGGAGGAAAUACAUUGGGGACAUGGGUGGGAUAAAUUCAUGGAGGAGCAGAAUAUCCAGCUACAGGACAAGCUGGAAAUAACGUACGAGGGAUGUAAGUGCUUUCGUGUCAAGGUUUUUAGAGGGGGUAGAGUGGUCCCCAUAGCUACUGAGUCCGAUGUCAUUGUGCUGUCUUCAGGGAGUUCAACUGAUGUUUACCAUACUGGUACUGGUUCCCUAUCAGAUGGGAGUUCAAGUGAAUCUGUUUGGAGUAAAAGUGAGUCUAGUGGGAGGUCAAGUGAUUUUGCUGGCACCCAGUUUGAUGGGACUAGGUAGGAACAACCGGCUUUCAGGGCAACUUUCACGCAGCCCUACCUGAAAGUGAAUAGACUGAAUGUGCCUUUCGGCUUUGCUAAAACUCAACUGGCCUCCCUGGGACCUGAGAAUGAAGCUGAUGUGUUAUGAACAACAAUGUAUAUGCGUCAAAACUUUUUUUGAAGAAGUAGGGUAACCGGAUUACACUUUGCAACAUGAAGGGGGAAGGAAUUAAGAAGAUGAUUAACGAUAAAAAAAAUCAACAAGGGGCAUCAAGUGGAGGUGAAGGUGCUGUCCAAAACUCCCCUGGUGUUCAAAGUCAGCAGGGUCUGAGAUCUGCUUAUGCUCUCCAAUCUAGUACUUUAUGUAAAAAUUACAUUUUGUUUUUGUUUUUGGUUUCUGCAACAAAAUUUUUAAUCACUAAUAGGCCAUUGGUGGCACAACUUUAUAACGGUAUUAGCGUAUGAUGAUCUCCAAAUACAUUAUACUUUUUGAUUCCAGCAUUGCUGCACGGCAGCUUCAGAGAGCUGGAAGAUCUUUGGACGUUACUUUAGUAUAUAAUGUGAAUAUAUGGUGGUCUUUAUGUGAAUAGAUGGUGGUCAUUUUGACUAUGUGAGUUUCAAUUAAACUGUAUACUUUAAUUGUAGAUUGUAGCCUUGUUAGUAUGUAGAUUAUGUGUAAUUGCAUCCAUCUGUCCAGUAAAAUGUGCGUUAGUUAUGUAUGUAAUUAGUUUAGUCCUUUUUGAA